AACUAAUUAAAAGGAGAGGUUGGAGAUAGAGUGAGAAAGUCCCUUAAAAAAAAGAUAGAGAGAGAAAGCAAGAAUACAAAAACUUUCUCUCAUUAGCCCCACACAAACACAAAUAACCAACCUUCUCACCAAGAAAAAUAAUAAUUAUUCUUUCUAAUAAGUUAAUAGUAUUACUCCUAAGAUGACAAUAUGGAAUUCUUCAACUACAUUUUGAAACAAAACUACUACUACCUCUACAAAACACCUUCAAAACAAGGAAACCUAGAUAGCUAACUAAAGUAAUUAGGAGAUUAAUUAGGAAGAGAGAAUAUAAUUAGAGAGUAUAUCCAAAGAAAGAAAGAAAAAAGGGAAUUUUUCUUCUUGUAAUAAUAAUUGUUGGUUUUUGAGCUAGGGAUAUAUAUAUGAAGAAUUGAAUUGUUGUUGUGUUUUUGUUUAGAGAAGUUAAGGUGGAAUAAAUUAAACUAUGAUGGAGGGAAACCCUAAUAAUUGGUGGAGCAUGCAUAGUAAUUUGAGGUCACCAACUUCAACAAAUGAUCAGCAUCAACAACAACAACAUGAAGGAGAAGUUGUUCCUACUAAUAAUUUUCUCAUGUCCCAAACACACCCUUCUAAUUCCCUAUUGCCUCUUCAAUUUCUACAUGGUGGAUCUUCUUCUUCUUCAUCUUCUUCUUCAUUACUUCCUUUCAUAAAUUCGGCCGAACCGCAUGCUCAAGACUUUCCUCAUUCAUGGAGCCAACUCCUUUUGGGAGGAUUGGGUAGUGAACAAGAGGAUAGGUUUAGUCCAAGUGAUCAAUAUGAAGCAACAAGAGGCAUGAAUGGUGGUGUGCAAGUUGAUGUAAAGCAAGAAUUGAGUAAUCAAAGUAACAAUAACAACAACAACAACAACAACAACAUCAAUUUGCAAUUAUAUGGAAAUCAUCAGUUUCAUGAAGAUCAACAAGAUGUAUCAGUAGGAAUUAGUAGUAGAGGAGUAGCAACAUCAUCAGCAGCUUGGACUCAUCAGAUCAUGCCAGCUUCAUUAUCCCCUAAAUCUUGUAUUACCAGCUUAAGUAGUAAUAAUAACAAUAAUAAUAAUAAUAUGUUGGACUUUUCCACCAAUAAAAGGUCACUAUUAGCUGAUCAAAGUCAUCAACAUGCAGACCAUACUACUAAUUCUGAGUGUAAUAGCACAGCUACUGGAGGUGUACCACCUAAGAAGCCUAGGCUCCAAUCUUCCUCCACUCCACCUCUCAAGGUGAGGAAGGAGAAAUUAGGAGAUAGAAUAACAUCCCUACACCAGCUGGUUUCUCCAUUUGGAAAGACUGACACAGCCUCAGUGUUGCUAGAAGCAAUUGGGUAUAUCAGAUUCCUUCAAGGUCAAAUUGAGGCCCUUAGUUCUCCUUACUUGGGAAAUAAUAAUACAUCAGCUAAGAACAACAACCAACAUUUUGUUCAUGGAGAAAGGAAUUGUCUAUUUCCUGAUGAUCCAGGACAGCUUUUAAAUGAUUCUUGUCUAAAAAGAAGAGGAGCUGCAAACCUAGAGGAUAACAUAAAAGGCGCAUUAAAGGACUUGAAAAGUAGAGGGUUAUGCUUGGUUCCCAUAUCUUGCACACAGCUUGUUGGAAGUGACAAUGGAGCAGAUUAUUGGGCACAAUCACUUGGAGGAUUUUAACCACUUAUAAAUUCUACGUAAUUAGUUAUUACUUAUAUAAAGUAAUAUCAAAACUAUAUGCUUUAAAUUAUGUAUAGCAUUUUAAUUUGUGGAAUGAUAUAUCAUCAUGAGCACUCACUCUGCUUAAAUCUAAUUGGAAGGUUGAUUGCUCUUGAUGCUAUGCAUUCCAGCCUUAGAAAAGUGCAUGGUUGUACUUGUACCAUAUAGUCCAUAUUAUAU